AUGGAGAGCCUGCUGGAGAACCCGGUGCGCGCCGUGCUCUACCUGAAGGAGCUCACCGCCAUCGUGCAGAACCAGCAGAGCCUCAUCCACACCCAGCGCCAGCGCAUCGACGAGCUGGAGCGGCGCCUGGACGAGCUCAGCACCGAGAACCGCAGCCUCCGCCAGCAGCACCCGGCUCCCGCCGCCGAGCCCCAGCCGCGCCCGCCGGCUCCCCCUGCGGCCGCCCCGCAGCCCGAGCCGGAGCCGCUUCAGCACCCCCAACAGCUCCCGGCGCCGCAGCCGCUCCAGAGCAGGCAGCACCACCCGGAGAAAGACAGCAGGGAGAGGGGCUGCUGCACCACCCUCCUCCAGCACAAACCCGCCCCGGCCAUCGGCAAAGGCGCCCUGAGCAGGAGACCAGAGUAA